AUGGAUGCUGCGGGAAGGGGCUGCCAUUUGCCGCCCCUGCCAGCGGCGCGCAGACCUGUCCGCCCUCCGGCGGUGGCGGCCGCUGUCAGCGCUGUUCGUCUGUCCGGCUUCUGCAGCGGCGCCGCCUCGGCUCCCUCCGCGGCCGCCGGAGCGGUCGCCAUGAACCCCAGCUCCUCGGCGGCAGAGGAGAAGGGGGCAACGGGCGGCAGCAGCAGCAGCGGAAGCGGCGCCGGGAGCUGCUGCCUGGGCGCCGAGGGCGGUGCGGACCCGAGGGGCGCGGGGGCAGCGGCGGCGGCUGGGGCCGCUGCCCUGGAAGAGCCCGGGGCCGCCGGCCCGAAAGAGAAGGACGAGGCGCUGGAGGAGAAGCUGCGGAACUUAACUUUCCGGAAGCAGGUCUCUUACAGGAAAGCAAUCUCCCGGGCGGGCCUGCAGCACCUGGCUUCUGCACAUCCCCUCAGCCUUCCUGUGGCAAACGGGCCAGCGAAGGAGCCCAGAGCGACUCUGGACUGGAGUGAAAAUGCCGUGAAUGGAGAGCACCUGUGGCUGGAGACCAACGUCUCGGGAGACCUGUGCUACCUGGGGGAGGAGAACUGCCAAGUCAGAUUUGCAAAAUCAGCUCUCAGGAGGAAGUGUGCGGUCUGUAAGAUCGUCGUCCACACCGCCUGCAUCGAACAGCUAGAAAAGAUUAAUUUCAGAUGUAAACCAACAUUUCGAGAAGGGGGCUCAAGAUCACUGAGAGAAAAUUUUGUGCGUCAUCACUGGGUACACAGGCGUCGGCAGGAGGGAAAAUGUAAGCAGUGUGGUAAGGGCUUCCAGCAAAAAUUCUCCUUCCACAGUAAAGAGAUUGUGGCCAUCAGCUGUUCCUGGUGCAAGCAGGCGUUUCACAAUAAGGUGACCUGCUUCAUGCUGCAUCAGAUUGAGGAACCCUGCUCCCUGGGGGCUCACGCCGCCGUUAUUGUCCCGCCCACCUGGAUCAUUAAGGUGAAGAAACCUCAGAACUCGCUGAAAGCUUCAAAUCGGAAGAAGAAGAGAACAAGCUUUAAAAGAAAAGCCAGUAAAAGAGGAACUGAAGUAAGUGAAAACAAAGGUCGUCCUUUUGUGAUAAAACCUAUCUCUUCUCCUCUCAUGAAACCCUUGCUUGUGUUUGUGAACCCCAAGAGUGGAGGCAACCAGGGAACCAAAGUCCUGCAGAUGUUCAUGUGGUACCUGAAUCCACGGCAAGUCUUUGAUCUUUCUCAGGAAGGGCCAAAAGAUGCGCUUGAAUUAUAUAGGAAAGUACCAAAUCUGCGGAUUCUGGCCUGUGGUGGGGAUGGAACGGUGGGCUGGAUCCUUUCCAUUCUGGAUGAACUGCAGCUGAGCCCUCAGCCUCCGGUUGGGGUCCUUCCUCUGGGGACUGGGAACGACCUGGCUCGAACUCUCAACUGGGGAGGGGGCUACACUGAUGAACCUGUUUCUAAGAUCCUUUGCCAAGUAGAAGAUGGGACAAUUGUACAGCUAGAUCGCUGGAACCUCCAUGUGGAAAGAAACCCAGACUUGCCUCCAGAAGAACUUGAAGAUGGCGUGUGUAAGCUUCCUCUGAAUGUUUUCAAUAAUUACUUCAGCCUCGGAUUUGAUGCCCACGUCACGCUGGAGUUCCAUGAAUCCAGAGAAGCAAAUCCAGAGAAAUUCAACAGUCGUUUUCGAAAUAAAAUGUUCUAUGCAGGGGCAGCUUUUUCUGAUUUCCUACAGAGAAGCUCUAGAGAUUUAUCCAAGCAUGUUAAAGUUGUCUGUGAUGGAACAGAUCUCACCCCAAAGAUUCAGGAACUGAAGUUCCAGUGUAUAGUAUUUUUAAAUAUACCCAGAUAUUGUGCUGGCACAAUGCCUUGGGGGAACCCAGGAGAUCACUAUGACUUUGAACCUCAGCGUCAUGAUGAUGGUUAUAUUGAAGUCAUUGGAUUCACCAUGGCCUCUUUGGCUGCCCUGCAAGUCGGGGGCCACGGAGAAAGGCUGCACCAGUGUCGGGAGGUCAUGCUGCUAACUUACAAAUCCAUGCCCAUGCAAGUGGAUGGGGAGCCCUGUAGGUUGGCCCCGGCUAUGAUUCGGAUCUCGUUGAGGAAUCAGGCCAACAUGGUACAGAAGAGCAAGAGGAGGACGUCCAUGCCUUUACUCAAUGAUCCCCAGUCUGUCCCAGACCGUCUGAGGAUCCGGGUGAACAAAAUCAGUUUACAAGACUAUGAAGGAUUCCACUAUGACAAAGAGAAACUCCGGGAAGCUUCCAUCCCUCUGGGUAUUCUAGUUGUGCGUGGAGACUGUGAUUUGGAGACUUGCCGUAUGUACAUAGAUCGCCUGCAGGAGGACCUGCAGUCAGUUUCUUCUGGCUUCCAGAGAGUUCAUUACCAGGACCACGAAACCUCCUUCCCCAGGGCGCUCUCAGCUCAGAGACUCUCCCCACGGUGGUGCUUUCUAGAUGCUACUUCUGCUGAUCGCUUUUAUCGAAUAGACAGAUCUCAGGAACAUUUGCACUUUGUGAUGGAGAUUUCUCAAGAUGAGAUUUUUAUUCUGGACCCAGAUAUGGUGUUGUCACAGCAGGCAGGGACACCCCCAGGAAUGCCUGAUCUGGUGGUGGAGCAAGCCUCGGGAAUGACAGACUGGUGGAAUCCUGCCCUCCGGAAACGCAUGCUGAGUGACAGCGGGCUGGGAAUGAUAACUCCGUAUUACGAAGACUCAGAUCUGAAAGAUUUCAGCCACUCCCGAGUGCUACAGUCACCAGUCUCUUCAGAAGAUCACGCAAUUUUGCAGGCAGUAAUAGCUGGUGAUCUUAUGAAGCUAAUAGAAAGCUAUAAAAAUGGAGGCAGCCUGCUAAUUCAGGGACCAGACCACUGUUCACUCCUUCACUACGCAGCUAAAACCGGCAAUGGGGAGAUUGUGAAAUAUAUCCUUGACCACGGACCUUCUGAGUUAUUGGAUAUGGCAGACAGUGAAACGGGUGAGACCGCACUGCACAAGGCAGCUUGCCAGCGGAACCGGGCUGUGUGCCAGCUUCUGGUGGACGCAGGAGCAUCUCUGAGAAAAACGGACUCCAAGGGUAAGACACCUCAAGAGAGAGCACAGCAGGCUGGGGACCCGGAUUUGGCAGCCUACCUAGAAAGCCGCCAGAACUAUAAGAUCAUUGGCCAUGAGGACCUGGAAACUGCUGUUUGACCCUGGUAGACAGGCUGAGAGAAUCUGAAUGAGCAUAUCACCUGUGCCCUCCUGGUGAUUGGGCAGCUCCCCUGGAAGAAGCUCAUGGAAUCCAUAAAUCUGUCUCUCUCCUGCAAGAAUCUAUCUGAGACCAUGCCACCAGUUUUAAGGGCUACCAAGAUGUACAACAGAACAUGAUAGCCCACUGAGGACGAGGCAGGAUACCUGGAGAUUUGUGGAAUACAAAUUCCACAAAAUUCGAUCCUUAUUGCUUCCAGCAAGUAGCAUGAACUUCUGU